AUGGAGCCUAUGACGAACCUCGCCACUAGUAUGAUUGAGAACCUCGUGCACGAAGAGAGCCAUGGCUGGAAGGGUGGCUGGAAGGGCGGCUGGCACUCGUCGGGGGCUCACGAAGGACUACUGGCCAGCCAGGUGGCUGCGGCCGUGCACUCUCACCGGGGUGGUGGCGGUGGAGGAGGCUUCAAGUUCCACCACCAUGGCUCGGCCUCUGAGGCUGCACCCAUCAUCGCAGCUGUACACCACGUGACCCACUCCGGAGGAGGAGGAGGAAGCUUGAGUGAUGGAGGCCUCGCUGCUGCACUGCAGCACGCUUCCAGGCAGUCCGCGCUGGACGCGGUGCGCCAUGUAGCCUCGGCCUCGUCGGCCCUCCAGCAUGCGGGAGGCUCUCCACUCGAGGCCGUGCACCACGUGACCCAUGGUGGGUCGACCGCCGCGUCGGCGCUCAGUCACUUGCCCGAACAGAUCGUGGCUCCCGUCUCCGCCGUACACCACCAGCACGCGGUAGCCGUGCCAGCCGUGAUCAAGUACACGUCGGGAAGCAGCCACGGAUCGUCGGGUCACAAGUCCCACUAUGGCAACUACGCGAGCGCCAGCAGCAGCAGCCACUAUAGCACUGGUCGCACCAAGAGCAGGUACUCGCCCUCUUCCUCAUCUUCGUCCUCCGGCUCGGGCUACAAGGCGAGCAGCAGCUACAACCGGCCAUCCUCGGUGCGUGGUUCCUCCAGCAGUUCAUCCGGCUCUUCCAAAGGAUCAUCCGGGUAA